AUGGGCAGCGGCAGCAGCCGGAGCAGCCGGGCCCUGAAGCGGCUGCGCAGCCGGGAGAGCCGCCCAGUGGGGCCCGGCGGGGCAGCCCCAGAGGGCGGGCCGGGGCCUCUGGGGGGAGCGGCGGCAGAGGCCCCGGAGGAGGCCCCGAAGGCAGCAGCGGUGGCUGUGAAGGCCGAGGGGGAAGCUGGCCGCGACCCCGGCCCCGCGGCGCCCCCCGACAGCGGGAACGAAACCCUGCUCCUGCUGGACCAGUUGCUGGCCGAGUCGGCGACCUGGGACCCCGGGGAGCUGGCCUCGCGGGGAGCGACCCGGCCUCGACCCGCACGCGGCGCCGGGAGCCCGGUGACCCCAAAACAGAGCACCGAAGACUACACAGAGAGCAGCAGUGUCUCAGAAACCCCAAACAGCAGUCACAAGAGGCCUGAGAGGCAGUCGGCCAUCUUGUAUGACUACUCAGAAGAGGAGCUGAUGGCGAGCAUUGAACGGGAGUACUGUCGUUGAGGCCUGGGAGGAUAGCAGCCUUGAAGUCACCCAACAAGCCAGCAUGCAGCCACAAUUCCUGGGCUCCUCUGCAGACCCAACUCCACUGGACCAAGCCUUGUAGGAAGCUUGGCUGUGGGGUGGACACUGCACUUCCCUGCUCAGGGCUUUCGCUGGAGCUGAAUCACCUCCAAAGCAUCGUUACUCCCUGAGUUUUCAAGACUGAUCUAUCAAGUUCAUAUACAGUCUGUCCCUGGCUGGUGGCUGGCCGUAUCGCUUGCUGGAGGAGGGUGGUCAGCCAUGCGGAUUUAGUCCAGGAGGCAGGCACAGGUGCGUGAGCAGAUAAAGGGAGUGACAGUAGCUCAGAUAACCUGCCACUCCUCUCAGGGAAGAGAGCCUGUCUGUAAGAUCCUCCUGGGGUCUGAAUGCCUCCCCCCUUUCAUCCCCACUCCUCCCUCUGGGGAAGGCUCAUUAGAGGAAUGAGGCUCCAGGGCGAGGGUCCCAGAGGUUUGGAGCCUGUGAGUUAACACCAGGGAGCGCCUCCUGGGAUUGGAUGCCUUGGGGCCUCUAGCACGUCUUACAGCUUCAGCUUCAGGAAAAGUGCACCGGGUAUUCCCUGAGCCCAGGGGAGUGCAUCCUUGGAGUACAGAGGAGCCAAGUUCAGCUCAGAGCUUCUCAAUUUCCACAUGCAAGUGAAUCACUUGGGGAUGUAGUUGACAUGCAGAUUCAGUUCUGUAGGUCUGGGAUGGGGCCUGAGAUUCUAACAAGUUCCCAGCAGAUGCCCAAGCUGCUUGACCUGUCACCACACUCUGAGUAGCAAGGAUUUAGAGUCUACAUUUUUUACUUUUAUCUGACUUUUCCUUCCCCAGUGGCUGGAGGUUACUUAGAGCCACAGCCCCACCUGCCUCCCCUGGUCCCUGGACAGCCCAGAAGAGAGGCCUGUCCCUCCUGCAGUGGGGUGUGGUGGAAAGAGAGCCCUGGACUGGGAACCAGGAGACCUGUGUUCUAUCCUAGUUCUUUCAUUAACUUGAAUGGCCCCUUUCUGGGCCUUCAUCUCCCUUUGACAAUCUGGAAUUACACAAUUCCAGGCUUGAUUUCCACUGUUGUUUCCUGUACCCCUGGGGGCACAGACAGUCUUUCCUGCUGAGACCUAGUGCCUGGGCCCCACCUUGGGAGGGUCUUCACGACCACCUGCUACCUGCUUCUCCGUGGCACUGGCAGCCUGACUGAUGCCUCAUGGGACCUUUUUAUUCUCUUCCCACUGGAGUGGAAGGUAGAAAGUCAGGGAAGAGGCCAGAAGAGCCUUACAACUUUGCUAGUUGACAAAUGAGAAAACUGACUUGCCAAGUAUACCCUGUGGAUAAGUGACAGGGCCGGGAAGAGAAUCUCAGCCUGCCAACUGGAAGGCCAGACCUCUGAUGUGGGUGGGGUGGGACUCUGAACCUCGGGUCCAGGUUUGAUUUGCUCUUAGAAAGCUAACCUUGGAGAGCAGAACCACUGUCUUGGAAGGCAAGGAGGCAGGCCCCUCCUGAACAGCUGGCGUGGGCUGUAGUCCAAAGGGGAGUCAGGGAAAGAGCAGCAGCGUCUGGUGAAGCCGGAAUAUGCCAACGCUUGUCUCACAUGUACCCACCAAAGCAGUGGCCUCUCCCUGGCGUCCAUGCUUUCACAAGAAGAGCUGCCAGCCCAAAUAUCCCCAAAACAGCCCAGAGCAAGAGCAUCUCGGAAACCUGCAAAUGGCCACUUGGCAGUGUACCCAGACCCACAGGCAUGUUGCCAUCAUCGGCAAAUGAGCGUUUCCCUGAAUUUUAUUAAUCGACAGGAGUGCCUUUGAUCCAGAGGGCCAGCCGCUGGGCGCUUUUAGCUGUGGAGUUGGAGUGGAGCAGUAAGACUUUCAUCAAACCCUCCUGAUGGGUUGGCUCCGAACCUCCGCAGAGCUAAGAGCUGUUUCUCGUCUAAACAAAACCCUUUUUUUUGAUAUAAAGAUCAAACCCACUACUGUUUUAAUUAUUCACAUACUUCUUUAAAGAGAAGUUAAAAAAUUUUCCCUACCACCAGAUGAAUCAGGCUUUGAAUUUAAUGAUGUAAAACGUUUACAAUUUUACAUCAGUUUUCUGUUAAAAUGGAACACAUUCAGUCGGUUUCCAAGAGCAAGGUGGAACCUACGCACUUUCUGGUGAAAAACCGUAAUGAAAUAAACAUGCUAAGAAAAAAAUAAUCCUGAAACAGUUACAGUCUGUGUCAACAUCAAGGCAAACGCACUUAAUCAAAGCUAAGAAAUCACAGCAGUUCUCAGGUCUUUUUAAUUCCCUGAAUUCAGGAAAAGUCUUCAGCAGGGAGGCUAACGAUUAAUAAAGGACUGGCCGUCGGCUCUGUUCUCUUCUAACCUGUGAGAUGGAGGGUGGGCUGUGGAAUGCUUCGGGGAGUGGCUGGUUCUGGAAGCAGCAGGGCUGGGGGCAUCGGCUGCAUGCCCAUGGCCCCGUGGAGAGUUCUUGCGUUAAACAUGUGCCAGGUACCUACUAAGAAGCCCUGGUGGUGCAGUGGUUAAAGCGAUUGACUGUUAACUGAAAGUUCAGCGGUUCGAAACCACCAGCCACUCCAUGGGAGAAAAAUGUGGCAGUCUGUUUCCAUAGAGAUUUACACUCUUGGGAACCCUACAGAGUUGCUGUGCGUCAGAAUCAACUUGACAGCAGUGGGUUUGAUCUGGGGAGUACUACUGUGCACCAAGUACUGCUUCAGGCAUUUUCUUGGUUGCCCGGUCAAUCUAAGCAUUCUGUUCUGGAGCUCAGGGACAGGUUAGGAAGGGGGCUGUAUAUAGAGGUAGAAAGAGAUACAUCUCAGUGGAAAUUGACACAUUUUUAAAGUCUGGAAAAAGUAUAAAAUCCAUGGCCAUUGAGUUGCUUCUGUAGUAGGAGUGCCCCUUUGAGAAUGACACACAACACUGGGAAUUUAGAAAAGCAUGUUCCAUUCCCAGCUCUAAGCAAUGUCACGUCUGUUUUCUUGGGAAAGGAGCAGUCACUUCACCGGACCUCCUUCUGUCGUCACAUCCAUCCCCAAGUCUCCCCUCUCUCGCCCCACUGCAAGGGCUCCUGGCCUCAGUCAGGCAAAGACUGCUUCCUUUACUUGCCCUUGGCCCAGGAUCAGGGCUCCUGCCUGGGAGAUGUGCUUUGGUCAGACAGUCUGCUUUGAUGUUUGUCUCAGGUAGAGCCAUGUAUCACUGGACCACCCAUCAGUGCCGUCACUAGGGGGGCGUGGGGAGUGUGGACGCGUUGGGUGACACUGUCAGAGGGGGUGACACCAAAAUGUCUAUGAAAAUAUCCCCAUAUUUAUACAAUAAAAACAUUUUUUGUAAGCCCA